ACACAGUUUCUAGUUACACCCUAAUUUCAUAUGAAUGGGAAAGGAAGUGAUAUAGCAUGAGUUAUCGUUAUUUGUGCAUCUCUGCAUGUAGUUUCUCUAAUAUAUGGACAUAGCACAUACACAUUCUCGUAAGGUUUAAGUCUCGUAUUGGGUCGGAACAGGUACGAAGAUUAUCUGUCUUGAAUGAAAAGGCAGCAGACUCCUGAAUUACUGGAUAGCCCGAGCUAAUUAACGGUGCCAACAAAUAACUACCAAGCCGGAAUAAUGCUGCAGGAAAUUCUUGCAUUACCAGUUGAAGACAAAAUAUUUUACGCUGUCCUGGUCUUCUCAUGGACGGUGUAUAUUUGGGAGGCCUACCUCGCCUAUAGACAGAGGAAGAUCUACAGGACAACAAUGCAUGUGCCCACUGAGCUGGGCAAGAUAAUGGAUUCAGAGACUUUUGAAAAAUCUCGCCUCUAUCAGCUGGACAAGAGCAACUUUGGCUUCUGGUCUGGACUCUACUCUGAGGCAGAGGGCACGCUGAUACUGCUCCUGGGAGGAAUUCCAUUCCUUUGGAAAGUGUCAGGGAAUCUCACAGCUCGUUUUGGUUUUGGUCCAGAGUACGAGAUCUCCCAUUCGUUGGCGUUCCUGAUGCUAGCGACACUCUUUAGUGCUUUCACUGGCCUUCCCUGGAGCCUCUAUAACACUUUUGUUAUUGAGGAGAAGCAUGGAUUCAACCAGCAGACGCUGGGUUUCUUUCUGAAAGACGCUCUCAAGAAGUUUGCUGUGACUCAGUGUAUUUUGUUGCCAGUGACAUCAUUACUCCUCUACAUCAUCAAGAUAGGUGGUGAUUACUUCUUCAUCUACGCCUGGCUCUUCACACUCAUCGUCUCACUGAUUCUGGUGACUAUCUACGCAGACUACAUCGCCCCUCUGUUUGAUAAGUUCACUCCAUUGCCAGAUGGAGAGCUGAAGAGUGAGAUUGAGAGCAUGGCGAAAUCCAUCUACUUCCCCCUCACCAAGGUCUAUGUAGUAGAAGGUUCAAAGAGAUCUUCCCACAGUAAUGCCUACUUCUAUGGUUUCUUCAAAAAUAAGCGCAUUGUGCUAUUUGACACUCUUUUGGAGGACUACUCCCCUUUAAAUAAAUCUGGAGAGAAAGAGCCAGGAACGGUAGAGGAGAAUGAGGCGGUGGCCAAUGAAAGCAAGUCCAAACCAAAGAACAAGAAACAGGGCUGCAGUAACCCUGAGGUUCUGGCCGUUCUUGGACAUGAACUGGGACAUUGGAAACUAGGCCACACAGUCAAGAACAUUGUCAUCAGCCAGAUGAACUCCUUCCUGUGUUUCUUCCUCUUUGCUGUGCUGAUUGGUCAAAAAGAGCUCUUCAUGGCAUUUGGUUUUCAUGACACCCAACCUACUCUUAUCGGGCUGAUGAUCAUCUUUCAGUUUAUCUUCUCACCUUACAAUGAGUUGCUGUCGUUCUGUCUGACAGUGUUGAGCCGAAGGUUCGAGUUUCAGGCAGAUGCAUUUGCGCGCAGUAUGGGCCGAUCGUCUGAGCUGUACUCCGCUCUCAUCAAGCUCAAUAAAGACAACCUGGGCUUUCCUGUAGCAGAUUGGCUGUUCUCUAUGUGGCAUUACUCCCAUCCUCCCCUGCUAGAGCGGCUCAGAGCCCUCACUGGCCCCAAGCAAGACUGACAGCUUAGCCAGGGGGGGCCACGUUCACCACUCGCUCCCCCGAGAAGGGGUCUCCGCCGGCCUCUGUUGGCCCUCUGAUAUCAAUGCCUAUUUCUCUCUCCUUCCCUAUCUUUUAUUUCUAUUCCUCUUUCUAAGUGUUUGGGUUUUGUGAUUUGUUUAUCACCCUGGAAGGAAGUCUAAAUUGUUUUCAGAUGGCCUCAGACAAUUCAGUGUACAAGAUAUUAAGUUGUGCGUUCCGUAUGCCUUUUGAAAUUUUUCUUGAUAUGAUUUUGAUAGUUUUAAUUCGAUUGUACAUUUUAGCUGUGAAUUGCCCCUCCUGUUCUUUAGAACCAUGCAUUUCCACUUUGAUUUAGUGUAAUCCACUUGGACUGUGAGAGAGAGGAGGUUAAAACAUUUCAGAGGGGAAUGAGGAUUGUCUGCAGUAUAAUGAAGCACAUGGUUCAAAUGACAGAUGUUAUGCGAGACCGCUAUUCUUAACUUGUAUGGCUCAAUAAGGCCUACUAAAAUGUCUAUUCCAAUUUUAGUUCUUUUGACAACCUUUUGAAAUAAUUUAGUUUUUUUGUUUUACUUUUAUAACCAAAAAAGGGUUUGAGCGUUUGUGUAAAUAAAUAUUUUUUUGUGAAAUAAAAGCAACAUACAAGGGCAAAGGUGA